CACACACGUAUAUCUACCGGACCCGGACUUUCGCUUCUCUCAUUCCAUCGCUGUCGCGCGAGGAUUGCGUGCGGGCAGCAUUCACCAGCGCAUCGAGGACUCGAGGAAUAUACUUUGGGGAGGAUACACAGACGAUCACGCGCCGCGCGUGUUGAAAGACUGGUGGAAGAACUGCACACCUCGAGAAGGACUACAACCAUCAUUGGAAGAGACAGAGAACGAAUACACCUUGGAUCAGACCCAAAUCCACCGCCAUCAUGUUCGGCAUCUCCUACUGGUUCCUCCCCAUCUUCGCCGGCUGCACAUGGCUCGGUACCCUCCUCGCCAUGCUCGGCCGCUGGAUCGCCAUCGGUAGCCCACACUACACCACCAUGAACGACACCCAACACAUCGCCUACAUCUCCGACAUCGGCGCGACACCCUGGGGGAAACCACUCUUCAUCGCAGGAUCCGCCGUGACAGUCGUCGUCUUCAACCUCGCUUUCCUGUCAGAACGAUGGCUCAGACAUAAAGGCCGCCUAGCGAAGAAUUACAACUGGACAGAGAAAAUCCUCAACAUCUGCGCCUUGAUCGCAGCCAUCGCGGGCGCAUGCGGACUCAUCCUCUUGACCAUUUUCGACACGAAACGAUACCCGAACAUCCACGUCGCCAUGUUGUGUCUGUUCAUCGGCGGCUACAUCGUCUCAGCAAUCUUCAUCUGCGCCGAAUACCAACGCCUCGGAAUCCACUACCGCCAAUACUCCAUCCUGGCCGCCUCCUUCUGGAUCAAACUGGCCUUCAUCUUCAUCGAAGUCGCCCUGGUCAUCGCCUUCGGAAUCAUGUCCAACCAAUCCCACUGGAACCGCGCCGCCGUGCUCGAAUGGACCAUCUCUCUCGUCUACAUUUUCUACGUCUGGUCCUUUUUCAUCGACUUUUUACCCGCCGUCAAGACGAAGGAUCCGGAGGAUCGCUAUGUGCACCCGAAAGUGUUGGCGGAACAUGAUGUCAAUCGCGCGAGUACGGAACAGGGCGGGAAUUUGAUGGGUGGGCCGGUGUAUACGAGUGGAGGCGUGGGAGGGACGGGGGAGAGUUAUCAGAUGAGGGAGAAUGGGCUGAGGCCGGUGGCGCAGAAUUUUUGA